CAUCAUAGCUGCAUCAAUCGGUCAGUAGUGAAGAUGCUGAUGAACAAGGACCAGUUCCACUCAGUACUGUAACGGAAACCGUUUGACCACCAUGCCAGAAUCCGCUAUUCGAAUCCCUCACAUCCGCGUGGAGAACUUAGGAACAAUUCGCAAGAUCACAACAGGUCAGCUGCAACGACACAAUGGUGCUUUCAACGUGCAAACAUUUCGAGAGCUGUCCGCUUGUUUGGCCGUGACAGAUCGGGAUCCUGCGGUUCAUGCCGUUGUACUGAUUGGAGCUGGAGAGUGGUUUUGCUCCGGGUUGGCCUACGGUGAUUUGUUGGAAGCUGGUACUUUGGGUGCUGUUGAGGCUUUUGGGAGAGAAUUGACCAACGUGGUUCGUUCCUUCUACAAGUUCAGUAAGCUAAUAAUCUGUGUGGUUAACGGCCCAGCUGUUGGAAUCGGUGCUUCCAUCGCACUUCUGUGCGAUGUUAUCUUCAUGGAGAAAAAGGCUUAUCUACAAACUCCUCUAGUUUCUGAACUGGGAACAGCAGCUGUUGGCUGCUCAUCGUACACAUUUCCACGACUUAUGGGAUAUCAAAAGGCAUCUCAAAUGCUGCUGUUGAACUACCGAAUGACUGCUGAUGAAGCCCAUCAGCAGUCUAUUGUUGCUGAGCUGUAUGACUCAGCAACAUUUGAAUCUACACUUUGGCCAAAAUUGGUAGAUCUAGUUGGUACACUUUCGAUGGAAACUAUGCAAAGUAUCAAACAGCAGAUAAAACGUUUCGAUAUGGACAAUUUAGAUCGAGCAAAUACACGUGAGGCCGAUGCCCUUGUACAAAGAUUGAACAGAAUCAGUGGGCUUAAAAGUAAAAUUUAAGGAAUUGGUCAUCAAUUAACACAUUGGAAGAACAAAACUUCAAAUAAUUAACUCUAUUGUUUUAACUUUUUCCUAAAGACUACUGAAGUGACCACAUUGCCUACUGUACCCCCAAAUUUAAAUGUUGGCGUUGGAAUAACACUGUCCAGCUCAAAACCCUCAGUAAAGCUGGAAAUCAACUCAUUUUGCGUCCAAUUACAUGAAGUUAUCACAAACAGUCCAUCAUCCCUCAGUAAUGUACUUACUCCAUCGAUGUAAGCGGCCCGCUUGGAUUUCGGGUCAUCUGGAUGUAAACUUAUCGCAUCGUAGGUUCCUUUGUCGUGGACGAGCUUAAAUUGCCCAAGUAAGGCUACAUCCUGAGGGUUCAAGAGAUCCACCGCCCUGUAACUGAUCUUCAACUUUUGAUCCUGACAAAUUGUUUCAGCCAGUUGGAUCGCUUUAGGAGAGUAAUCCACCCCGGUUAGAUUAUUAUAUCCUUCCCGAGCCAGUUCAACCAACAUCAUUC